AUGGAGGUUAUGGAAGAAGGAAAUCUUAUGGACCGUGUUCCAAUAUUACUGCAACGUGAUUUGGAAUUUUAUCAGUCUAAUUUCCAGACCCACCAGCGAGUACUGCAAGAACGUCUUUGUACUGGUGUUGUGGGAGGAAAAUUGGAUUUCCCUCGUUAUGCUUCAUUUGCUGCCAUUAAAAUGAUUCUAUGGUGGGAAGAUGAAUAUUUUGCAUCAUAUCGAAAACAUUCGGGUCUAUUGCAUACCGAGAAGGAAUUGAGUGAAGGAGAUUUUUCCUCUGUGGUUGUCAAGACCUCUGAUCCAGAUAAAUUUGUGGGCAUUGUUACCAAAUCAGCUGACCUACUCUUAGAACAUUUACAUGUCCUGUCACAAGAGUCUCUAGAUCAUGCCGAUCUCUCUGUGCUAACUGCGACAAUUGGUGCCGCAGCCUUAGUUCGAAAUUGCCUAAAUGUUUAUCUACAGGCAUGCACUACGAAAAUCUGUCCACCUAAAGGCGACGAAAAAGGUGGAGCUUUAAAAAUUUCCCUCAAACAAUAUUCUCAAUUAUCGGAGGCUUUAGCGGAACGUUUAUUGGAUUUACAUUGUCGUCUUCUGUUGCUGUACAUCGUGCAGGAUGCUGAUGCUUUGCAUUGGGAAGACACCGAACCAUUUUUUGAAUCGGAACGUGGUUCAUAUACCAUACAAAUGUGGUGGCUGUAUAUGUGCGGCACCAAAGAUGAUCUAUGGAAUUCGGUGCCCCCAAAAAUGGCACAACGCAUCUUUGGCGGUAUGCUGAAUGAGACCUUGAGCGUGUUGACGGUACGCUAUUCACAGAUUGUCACCAGCAAUGCUCGUGCCCAAUUGCAUUUGUGUGAUAUUUGCAAUUUGUUGUUUUGUGUGGCAGAAUUGCUGCCCCAUGUCAGUGAAAGUGGUGAGGCAUAUGUGGGAUUACAGCUAAAUAACCAAAGUGUCAUUAUACGCGACAUACAUGCAAAGUGCAGGGAACUUUUCUAUUGCCUCCUGUUAAGGGGUGCACCGCUUGGAGUACUCUCAAAGGUCUUUCGCAAAGGUUUGGAAAAUAUGGAAAUGUUUUCAUCACGUCAUGGUCUGCCAAGUGCCUGGAUAAUAUUUGCCCAACCUCGAAUGUUUCCCAAGGAUCAGUCCUGCCAAUGGGUAACUGAAUUUGCAGACCUCAAUACAAAUAGCGCCAUAGCAUUAGAAUUAAAAGUUCUAUUGGCAUCACCCGAAGCGGAUUGGUCAUUUUUGGUGAAGGUCCUCCUAAUGCGUGAUGCCUAUUUGACGGGCAUCAUAUUGAAACAUCUUCUGCAACAUUUACCAUCGUCGGAGAAUUUUAAAAAUGUUGCACGGAACUCCUUCGUGGAGGCUGCUACGGAAUCGAAGAAGUGCGAAGGAUUUUUGUGUCGUGGAGAAUGUUUUAAGGUUUCCGAUUUGUUGGCCGAUGAUUUGGAUCCUGUGGGUCAAUCCAAUUGUCAGAUUGUAUUAUCAUUGACCUAUCUCCUGGUGGCCUUGGGUAAGGCAGUGGAUAUUAAAUCCUGCUUGGUUAAAAAUUUGGAAGAAAUCGGCAUGCCUGGAUGGAGUGACUGUUUGGACAAAAGACAGGUUUGGAAUCAAAAACGCCCACCAUGGUUGGAAGCCAUUAUGCAUUUUGUCUAUCCUGUACUUAACACCACUGUGGAUAUGCUAAUCAAUGCUGUGGAAGCUGGAGCUAGUAUGUAUCAGGCAAUGUCAUUGGCCCUGACAUGUGUAUCCGAAAUGUGGGAUUGUAUACCGGAGGGCUUGUAUAAGGUUACAUCUAUGCUGCAGGAUAUAACACCGGUCUCCACCAGGCCUUUGAGUGACUCUGUCCUAAUGCAAGUUAUGUUUGCCGGAUUGUAUACGGAACUCAUAAAGACCGCAGAGAAAUAUGAGAAGUCCAAUGAUCAGGAUAAGGCAUCGAUUUGUUAUACCAUAUCGGAAGCCAUAUGUUCCAUUGAUGAGGAUGAUAAACACACCGAUCAAAUAGAUUUAUUUUUGAAACAGGCUAAGGAUAGUAUUAUCUUGGAGACAUUUGGUGAUUCAGGUCGUAGAGGUGGUGGUAUGAGUGCUGUUAGUACUGUUAAAAUCGAUGAAAUUGGUACUGCUGAUUCGGAUCGUAUGAGUCAUAGUCCACCGGCUAAUUAUGCCAUGGAAAUGGAUGUGGGUAUAACGGAUUUUGUAGCUGAGGUGCUGGCAAGUGAUGUCUUGACUACCGAUAUUGGAAAACAGGCAUUGAAGGUCUGUUACAAUUAUUUGAAGAAUAACAAAGAAUGGCUUAUGGAACAGCUGGGAACAAGUGAAAAUGAUCCCAGUCCCUUUCAGGGUGCCCAAGGGCAAAAUAUUAAAGAAACAAAACCAACAUUGUUGAAAACAAUGUUCUUUAUCGAUCAACAUCCAUUCGAUCAGUUAUUGACGGGUUCUUUAAAAAUCGAUUAUGUUACAUGGCUACAAACGCCCAUAUCAUUGAAUCCGGAACGUGCCUGGUUGCAUUUGUCGCGUCGCUGUGAUUUUCAAGAAGAUGCCAAACUGACAAUGCCGGAAGUAGCCAUGGUGGCAAGCAUAACGAAAAUUAUGAAGAAACGUAAGAAUUAUGGCAAGUAG